AUGUCGGAGUCUCACACAAAACUACAGCAGAAAUCAGUUGUCUCGUCGUUCAUCUUCUCCAUUACGAGCGAAACCCCAAAGGUUGCCCUUUUUAAGCGCAGCGAUAAGGUUAAUACUUAUCAACAUCAUCUCGCCCCCAUCUCGGGGAGUAUAGACCACCAGGAAUCGCCUCUCACAGCCGCCUGGCGCGAGAUCAACGAAGAAACCAGCUUGACACCACAAGAUAUCGAACUUUGGCGCCAAGGCAAGCCAUACAGCUUCAGCGACCCAUCAAUAGGACGCCAAUGGAUCAUCUAUCCCUUUGCAUUCCGACUCAAAGGUCGCGAAGAGGGUGGCAAAGGCGAAGCAGCCAUUAAGAUCGAUUGGGAACACGAAGAAUGGGAAUGGUACGAUCCAAAGGAAGUGGUGGAUGAUGAACACUUCGGGGGCGUACCCCGUCUAGCAGAGAGCUUGCGGCGAGUCUACUUCGAAUUGGAUAUGAACGACAAGGCCAGAAGCGCACUACAGUCGGGUCUCGAGCUGCUCAAAACAGACCACUCGAGCGGUUCACAUGAAUUGACAACCCUCGCCCUCAAGGCGUUUCGGAAUGUUCUCGUGCAUUUGCAAGGGCACACAAAUUGGUGGGAGACUACACGAAUGGCUGCGUGGCACCUGUGGAAAAAUGGGCGUGAGAGCAUGGGAUCGGCAACUCUCAACGCUUUCCUCGGUGUUCUGGCCGAUAUCGAUAAUAUCAAGACGCGAAGGCCUGAAAAUCAAUGGGAUCGUAUUCUCACUGCGGUUGAUCACCACUUGGAACGUCGUCGCGAGACGGCUUCGCAUAUUAACGAAGCAUUUACUGCUUACUUGGAUUCAGAUUUCUUACCCAAGAUUCAGUCACAGGGAAAGGAUAAACUCACUCUUCUGACCCUGUCGGCGAGCUCAACUAUUCGAGACAGUAUCUUGGAUGCCUUCAAAUCACUACCUGUAUCCCAUUUGGAUCUACGAAUACUCGAGUCAAGACCUCUCUUCGAAGGGGCAAGCAUGGCUUCUUCCUUGCUGUUGGAGUUUGAAUGCAAAUUUUCUCCUUCAUCAGGCCAACAUCUACAGAUAAGCGUUCAUACCGACGCUUCAGCUGCGCUUGCUGUCAAAGAUGUGGACUUUGUCCUGCUAGGAGCGGAUCGCAUUUCCAGUUCAGGGUCCGUCAGCAACAAGACUGGGUCCCUUCCAGCUGUUCUUUGUGCCAAACACAUAAGCCCAGAAGCAAAGGUGCUUGUCUUUAGUGGGUUGGAGAAAGUGGCAGAGCCUGGUACUGAAGAUGACCACCAACCAGAGGAAAAUAACCCAAUAGAGGUCAUCAAUCCAUGGGUGGACACGGGUGUGAAAGGCGUGGGAAAACUGCAGGAAAGACUUCGAGGCACAAAGAAAGAGACUUCCAAUUGUGUUGUGGAAGUGAAGAAUGUCUACUUCGAAUGGGUGGAUGCUAACCUGAUCGAUGCGUUCAUCACGGAAGAAGGAGCGAUGGGGGCAACUGAUAUUCACAACAAGGCCCAAGAAGUUCAACAGAAAGCAGACAAAUACUUUGGCUCGUUAUAG